GAAAAUUAUAUCAACUGAGACACCAUAAUUGCCGGGAUUAACACAGGCCAUCAAGCUUCCUAUCCUUUCCAAACUGAAACUGUACCGCUUAGUAUCAACGUUUGAGGUUUGAGGAUUGAAGACUAUUGGAGAUUUCGAGGUCAUAGAUUGUGAGGGUUUUUCAAUCUUGUGAUGACAAGUAGUUCAAACAGACGGGAUAAUACUAAACUGCAAAAUGAAAGACAUCAGCUCAUAAUUCAGGAGUUACUUCGUGAUGACGACAAUAAGUACUGCGCAGAUUGUGACGCGAAAGGGCCACGUUGGGCUUCCUGGAAUAUUGGCAUUUUCUUGUGCAUAAGAUGUGCAGGGAUACAUCGCAAUCUGGGUGUUCAUAUAUCCAAAGUUAAAUCAGUUAACCUUGAUACAUGGACUCCUAUGCAGUUGGCUGUUAUGAGGGAAAUGGGUAAUAGCAGAGCACGAGCUGUAUAUGAAGCAAAUUUGCCCGAUAAUUUUAGAAGGCCACAGACAGAUGCUGCGUUGGAGACGUUCAUUCGAGCAAAGUAUGAACAGAAACGGUACAUAGCGCAAGAAUAUACCCCAAGUAAACCCGAUGUAGAAUCAUUAAUGAAAGUAGGUCCGAAUUAACAUACUACGUUUGUCAGUGUUGUUCUAUCCCAUAAAUCACCCUGAUGUGAACUCAUCAUUGUUGUUUGCUUUUAAAUGUUAAGCAACUCUUGUCUAGACCUGGUCGGUUUUUAUUAAUUUUUUCCGGAAAAACUUUCUCGGUGGCUAAAGAAUACAUGUUAGAGUUUUCAAACUUAUAUUGUUCAGCAGUUCGUUCGCUCGACACAGUAUUUUUGGUUCUACGGAAAUCUUGAAAUGGUUUGUGGCAGAUAUUAAAUUCGAUAAAAUGUGAUGUAAAUGUAACAAUCAAAUUAAUUACACCAUAUUACAGCAGACUUAGAAAUUAGGACAGAUGAAAAGAAUAUAGCUAAUAAAGUUAAAGGAAAAACAGGAGAUGAACUAACUGGAAUGGUAGUUUAUGCAUGUUGCUACGCUAAAAGGAAACGAAAUGAUGAAAGCACCUGUCACUUCUACCAGUUUUAGAGGAUAUCACUCCGUUCCAAUAACUACUCAGCAGGUUACCUCGAAUUAGGGAUAGGAGAUCGCAGCCUCUCCACAAAUUUCUCGAGUGAAUAACCCUUCUGAGAUCAAUAUAAUCUAUUUACUAAUAUUUACCAUUUGACUUCGAAAGUCAUUCACUAUGCGCGUUGAUAAAUAUGGGGAAUUGCAACGUCUUGAAUUGUCUCAAAAGAAAAAAUCGCCUACUGUGAGCUUGGGUGCUCAUUUACAACAGCCUACCAGCAGAACGCAUCGUCCAUCUAAGGAGCUACCAGUAACAUCAUCUGAAACAGAUAAUGUUAACAGGACAAACAACGAUUUUGACCUUCUGGGGCUUGACAGUGCUUCUAGUCCAGAAAAUAAAAAUAAUCUAUUUGAUCACGGUGGUUUUAGUCAAGCAACUUUUGGAAAUCAACAAAAACAGUCAACUGCUGGACAACAACCAGUCAGCUCACUAGUAGAUACGACCCAACAUAUACAAAAACCUAAAGAUACUGCAUCUAGCUUGACAUCUGAUCUUCUGGGUUUGGACUUUGGAUGCACUAACCUGGUCGGUGAAAAGACUACAAAUGUAGCUAAUGAUGGACAAGUGUCUUCAGGAUCCACGUCAAAGAUAACCAAAGAUUCAAUCUUGGCUUUGUAUCAGCAAAGCGCACCACAGUCAAGUAGUUUGAAUUCCGCAUUGUAUCCAGGAACUAUGGGACACUUCUCAACUUCUAACUUUUCAGGAAAUCAAUACUUUGGAUGUAAUCCUCCACUUGAUAAUUCUACGCAUAACAAAAAUAUAAACAAUUCGGGUAAUGGGGAAACGAAGGAGCCACAUUUUCCUCCCAAUCAAUUUUUAUCAUACGGUUUGGGCAUAAAUCCAGCUGGAACUAAUAAUUUGAAUGGAUCAUCGCAAUUUAUUCCUCCGUCACCUAAUUUCGCUGUCUGGCCUGAAAAUAAUACUUCCGCAUGCUCAUCUAUUGCAAUACAACCGAAUCAGAACAUUGUUCGUCCGAAUCAGUCGUUUGAUUUCAGUAAUACCUUAAACUCCAACCGUAAUAAUCCAUGCACGAACACAUUAUCUCAGUUAUGGAAUAUGAAUAUGAAUCAAACAUUACCAAAUCAAACGUUUGGGAAUUACGUUUCUCACUCAGCAAAUAACAACGUGGCACCAAACAAUGAAAUGUAUUUAUCUCAGGUUAAAAGUCAGUUAACUUCAUUAUAUCUUGGCAAAAGUCCACUGAAUCCAUAAAAUUUGUCAGCUAACUGUCUGAUAGUUUGGAUGAAUUUAACUGUCGUCAAACGUGCAUAUCUUAUAGAAAAUACAAACAAAUUAUCAUGUCACCUUAUACAUUUCGUUGUUCCCAUAGAUCAACUGUGAUAUAUUUAAAAAUGAAUAAUCAAAUGUUUGACAUUAUAAUUCAUGUUAAAUUUUCUACCAUAUAAAUUCAAAUCUUUUAUUUUAUCGGGACAGCAUUUUAAUCCCAGUAGUCCGUUUCAAAUGUAUGUAAAAAAUGUUUGUAUUUGUAGCGUCUUUUCUCUUCACUUACUCACAAAUAUUGUUUUUCUAUUACACUGAUACGAAUCAAUUGUCGUUGAUAUAGUUUUUUUUCUUGUUUUGCUUAAAUAAUGAUUCAAAUUGGUAUAUAUAUAUGAUCUUUUGACCUUGAUUUCCUCGUAACCAAUAUAAACAAGUUGAUGAUUUGACAGAUAUUACUUUCAUCUAUCUUGUUCUUACUACACACUCUCUUUUUCUGUUCACUUUAAUGAUAAGCAAUAGGUUUUUGUUGUAAUAACCCAUUUAUAGGUAAAGUUUAAUCUAUUCUCUUUAUUUCCCUACACAAUGUUUUAAUUAAUUACUAUUUGUCGAUUGGACUAUUUUAAAUAAGUUUUUGCUUUGAAAAAACUUCUUAAAAAUAUUUUCUUUUAUCAUAUAAAGUUUUUGUUUAUUCCGCUGUUUCAAAAGAAUGAAGAUGAAAACGAUGGAAAUUUAAAUAAUCUCGUGCACAGAAUAUGAAAUAAUUGAUAAAUCACAAAAAA